AUGAGAUCUUCUCACCUGAUAAAACUGCGAGAACAACAACGGAUCAUACAAACCAGAGCUUCAACAUCUUUGAUUCUCCAAGAGGAGCUGAUCUCAGGAAUGGCGGUUUCGAUGAUCUUGUGUUUGCGAUCUUCUCUGCUCGCUACUGAGAACGCAGCUUCUUGUCUCCAGAGGCUGUUGAACUUCUCGGAGAAGAUUGAUGUGAGGAAGAUUAUUGAGAAAGCUAAGUCGUUACAAGGUUUGGCUUUGGAUGAUGAUGUGAGAUCAUCAGCAUUGUCGAUAAACGAUGUCUUUGAUCAUCAGAGCAUCAGUCCUGCGAUACCUGCGAGGACUAACAGCUUCCCUUCCGGUUCCACUUCGCCUAAAUCUCCGUUGAUCAUUGCUCCGCAGAGCUACUGGGAGGAGAAAUGGAGAGUUUUAACCGCAGAGGAAGAGAAGAAGACUCCUCCUACAACGCAGAAGAAGAGGUCAUGGUUCAAGGUGAAGAGACUCUUCAGAGCAGAGUCUGAGCCAGCGAACAGCGUUGCCAAGACAGUAAGUGAAGCCAAGGUAGCUUCAGUGGCACGUAACUUGCUUGAGGAUUUUAACCGGCAGGUUGUUUCUGAGGAAGCUGAGGAAGUACAUGUUGUGGUGAACAAUGAAGAUGGUUCUGUUCAAGAAGCAGAGGAGAGGCUUAUAGACUUUGAGGCUGGUGGUGGUGAAGAGAGUUUAGUGAUCGAGGAGAUUUCUUCUGAUGUCUUCUCAGAUUCGAACAGUCCUCUCAGAGAUUCAAACUACAUCGAGAAUGAUUCAGAUAGUAGUACAGAGACGAGUCUGUUGUUUCCUAUUAAAGAACAAGAAACAAGUGUAGUAGUAGAUUCGGUUCUUAAUCAAGAAACAGUUAUAGAUCAAGAAACAAGCGUAGUUGAUUCGCCGCUUCCGGUUUCUUCUCAACCGGGUGUUGAGUUUCCGGUAACUCAGUCUAACGACGAAGAGGACGCCGUUGUCAAGGAGCGUAGUAAGGUUGUACCGGGAAAGUUCCAGUGGUUUUGGAAGUUUGGACGUAAUCUCACUGGAGAGGAGGCAAGAUCGAGUGGUGUUGAAAGUAGUAAGAGUGAUUUGGUUUGCUCUUCUUCCUCUGAGUCUGAUUCUCCUCCGCAGGCUUCAACUUCGAGCAGCAGAGGAGAGACAGACCAGAAUGUGAUGAAUACUUUGAAGAAUCUUGGCAAUUCUAUGCUCGAACACAUUCAGGUGAUGGAGUCGGUUUUCCAGCAAGAAAGGGUACAUGUUCAGGGAGGAUUAAGGGAGAAUAUAUCUAAGACCAGUUUGGUCGGAAAGGGACAAGUCACAGCCAUGACAGCUCUCAAAGAGCUUCGAAAAAUUAGUAAUCUUUUGUUGGAAAUGUGA